ACGUAAUCAUCGCUGUCUAUUAUAAACUGAUUUAAUAAUGUAUGUUAAUGAUUUAAGAAAGGAAUUACUUCGCUUUUUUUAAAAAAAAAAAAAAAACAAAACAAAACACAAACAAAAAAACGCCUAUUUGUUUAUGGAAAAGGCUUAUUCAAUUUUCAAAACAGGUCCGUUGCAACUCUCAGGAUAUGUGAUCACAGUGGUCUGUCCCACUUCCGCUCUAUACGACAACAACGUAGUGCACAUGGAGCUGAGUAGCUAGCAAGGGAGUCAGAUUAGUUCGGGGACACAUUUAUAUUACCGUAUUGUUUUGUCAAGUGAUAACAUCAGAAGUUACUAUGGGUAAGAAGAAAGCUGGCGGAGGAGGCGGACUGGGCAGAGCCCUGAUUAAGGAGAGACUUCAGGCAAACCGAGGAAACAAGAAGGCCGACUCGUGGCUUCACACCAGUGAACUGAAUGAUGGGUAUGAUUGGGGACGGCUGAACCUGCAGUCAGUGACGGAACAAAGCUCCAUGGAUGAUUUUCUGGCCACUGCUGAACUGGCAGGAACAGAGUUUGUUGCUGAGAAACUCAAUAUCAAGUUUGUGCCAGCUGAAGCUAGAGCAGGCUUAUUAACAGCAGAGGAGAAAAACAGGUUGAAGAAGCUGCACAAAGACAAUGAGCAUUUCCUUAGAAUUCCUAGACGCCCUCACUGGGACGGAAGUACCAGUCCAGAAGUCCUUCAGCAGGCAGAGAAAGAUAGUUUCUUGGAGUGGAGGCGAGAACUUGCCCAACUGGAAGAGGAACAGAAAUUAAUUCUCACCCCAUUUGAGAGGAACCUUGAAUUCUGGAGACAGCUGUGGAGGGUGAUUGAGAGGAGUGAUAUUGUCGUUCAAAUUGUUGAUGCCAGAAAUCCCAUGCUGUUCAGAUGUCUUGACCUGGAGUCGUAUGUGAAAGAGGUUUCAGGGGAUAAGGUGAACAUGCUUCUUGUGAACAAAGCUGACCUGCUGACCAGGGAGCAGAGGCGAGCCUGGGCCAAACACUUUGAGAAAGAGGGACUGAGGGCAGUUUUCUGGUCUGCCCUGGUUGAAGGCGAGAGGCUGGAUGCAGAGGAAAAGGGCAUGGAAAUGGGCAAUCCAGAGAGUGUAGAGAGUGAUAUCGAAGAAGAAGGAGAGCCAGAUAAUGGAGACUCCAGACAGAAAGAGCCAGAUAUAGAGGAGGAGGAGGAAGAAAACGUUACUGUAGAUGAGGAGGACUGGCACACCUGUUCAGAAGACGAGGAAGAAGCAGAGAAAGGAACUGCUGGUUCGUCAAAUGAAUCUUUCCACAACUCCAGCCGACUGCUCCGCAAGGAUGAGCUGCUGAACAUAUUUAAGUCCGUUCACGAUGAUCCCAAGUGCAAGGAAGGACAACUGACAGUGGGACUGGUCGGGUAUCCUAAUGUGGGAAAGAGUUCGACCAUCAACACUAUCUUGAGGAACAAGAAGGUGUCUGUUUCAGCCACUCCUGGACACACUAAACACUUUCAGACCUUAUACGUGGAGCCAGGCCUGUGUCUCUGUGACUGCCCUGGUCUCGUCAUGCCCUCAUUUGUUUCUACCAAAGCUGAGAUGAUCUGCUCUGGGAUUUUGCCCAUCGACCAGAUGAGAGAUCACGUCCCUGCCGUCUCCCUUAUUUGUCAAACAGUCCCUCGGCAUGUGUUAGAAGGCACCUAUGGCAUCAACAUCAUCAGACCACGAGAAGAUGAAGAUCCUGACCGGCCCCCAUCCUCAGAGGAGCUGCUCAUGGCUUAUGGAUACAUGAGAGGUUUCAUGACUUCACAUGGCCAGCCUGAUCAGCCCAGAUCAGCGCGGUACAUCCUGAAGGAUUAUGUCAACGGCAAGCUUCUGUACUGCCAUCCUCCUCCUCAUAUUAAAGCUGAAGAUUUCCAGCCACAGCACAGCAAGUUCCAGAGACGAGACCUAGAAAACUGUGACCUCUCCACAAACAACCCACGGAAAAUCAAGAGAAUUGAAAACGUAGUUGAUAAGAACUUCUUCCAUCAGGAGAAUGUGCGGGCACUUUCCAAAGGAGUUCAGUCUGUCAUGGGCUACAAACCAGGCAGUGGACCCGUCGGCCCAGGUAAAGCUGAAUCGGAGACAGCGGUGGGCAAACCCUGGAAAAAACAUGGCAACAGGAACAAGAAAGAGAAAGUGCGUCGGAUUACUAAGCACCUAGAUGCCUGACCUGAACUGACCUGAUGAUGUGAUAUCAAAGCUUUUGAAAUUACUGAUCUGUUCUGCUGGCGUGGAAAAGUACAACUCACAUGUGAUAGCAUGGGGAUUAAUAUUGAGAAGACUGUAGGUAGAUAAAGGCCUCUUAAUCUUCCGAGUAUGGAAAGGUCAGGUUGUCUUGAUAUUAAGUAACGAGAUGCACAGUCUGUCUUGUACUGCUCUGGUUUGGAGAUCACAUUGGUCCAAUUCAUUCCAUUAACUGGAUCACCUGUUGCACAGCAACUGACGGACUCAACAUCCACAGUGUGACAAAUUUAUAAUAAAGUACCGUCAUAUUCAAA